GAAUACACUGGAAAGUAGUUGAUUUGAUUACAAUGUAAAAACUAUUUUCUAUCUUUACUGUAUCUCCUAUUUUCUCUUAAAAAAUUUGGAUUCGGGAGAAAAAUUUUGCGAAAAAAUAAACUUCUCUCUCGACUCUCACUUCUUCCCAGCCCCAUCGUCGUAAUCGCAGCGCCGUCGCCGUCGUACAAAUCCAGUCAACCACAACCUUGGAAGUGACGCACAUAACCGCCGAUCCGGGUUUGGUAUAAAGAUGGGAGUAGUUCAAAAGUUUUUCAUUGCAUCACUGUUCAUGUGGUCAGUCCCUCUUGCAAUAUUAUAUGCUUUCAACCAUAAUCUACUUCCUGGAAUUUCCAAUUUGUCCCCUUACUCUAUGACACUAGUGAGCGGAUUUCUUGCCGUCAUAUCUGUUAACAUAGUCAUUGCAUUUUACAUAUAUUUGGCAAUGAGAGAACCCGCAGAUAAACAUGAGCCUGAUCCUAAAUUUCUUGCUGAGGCCAAAGCUAGUAUAAACCAGUCUACAGGAGAUGCUCAACAAUCUUCCCAGCCUCUCAAGAAACAACAGUAGGUUGCUGUUCUUAGAUUUCUUGGUCGUAAACAUGAGUUGUUCUGUUCAUCUCGGGAAGGGGAGGGGAGAAUGGGGAUGAAGGGAGAAGGUCCUGAAUUGUGUGUUGAUCAUACUUCUGUUAUGAAGUUUGCACACAAUCCAUCUUGUGCACAACUUAUUUUCAUUAUGUUAGUUUUGUAUCAAUUUUAUUUAUAUAUUUUCAAGUUACUUUCA